AAAGCUCGGAUAAUACGAAGUGUAUGGUUUAAUGUGCAAACUGAACCAGAAAAACAUUAUCGUGAGCUCUUGAUGCUCUUUACUCCAUGGAGAAAUGAGGACACUGACUUAAUAGGAAAUUUUUCAUCAUAUCAAGAUCGCUUUAUGUCAGUCUCUAAYAUGAUUAAAGAACAAAUGAAGCAAUAUGCUGUUUGUGAAGACUUCAAUGAAAUUCAGCAGGAUAUGAGUAGAAUAGAGGACAGGUAUGAUGAAAUAGCACCUAGUACACAGAAUAUUGAACAGCAGGAUCAAGCAGAAGGUAAUCAGGACUUACAUCCUGACUUUUCAGGAAACUAUAACUUAUCAGAUGAUUUGGGAAUACCAUCAGUUGAUAAUACUGAACCUCUCAUAAUGAAUGAACUCCCAGAUGACGAAUACAGACAUAUGGUUCAAACAUUAAAUAAACRGCAAAAAGAGUUUUUCUAUCAUGUGCUGCAUUUGAUAAAAACAUCAGAUGAAGCAUUUUACUGUUUCCUGAGUGGCGGUGCAGGUGUAGGUAAAUCACAUGUUACAAAAGCCUUGUAUCAGGCAGCAUUGAAAUACUAUAACACCAGACCAGGUAUUAACUUUAAUGAAGCAAAUGUAUUAAUGUUAGCACCUACAGGGAAAGCAGCAUACAAUAUAAAGGGAAAUACUAUUCAUAGUGCUCUAGCAAUACCAGCCUGUCAGUCAUUAAAGAGAUAUAAAAGUCUUGAUUCAAGUAGAAUGAACACAAUAAGAUGUCAGCUUGGUGGAAUUAAACUUAUAUUCAUUGAUGAAAUAUCCAUGGUGGGGAACACGAUGUUCAAUGUUCAAAYAUAKAAUAGACUUAAGGACAUCAAGGGAAGCUCACUACCAUUUGGUGGUGUUAGUAUUGUUGGUAUAGGAGAUUUGUUCCAACUACAGCCUGUAAUGGAUGGUUAUAUAUUCAAAGACAUGGAUAAUGAYGAGUAUGGUGUUCUUGCACCUAAUGUAUGGAAAGAACUUUUUAAAAUGUUWGAACUCCAGCAAAUAAUGAGACAAAGAGAAAACAAAGACUUUGCUGAAUUAUUGAAUAGAUUAAGAGAAGGUAAUCACACUAAAGAAGACAUUGCAAAAUUAAAGGAUAGAUGUAUUUCUGCAACUAGUUCAAGCUAUCCAAAAGAUGCUCCACAUUUGUUCAUUCAAAAUGCAAAAGUGAAUAAUUUCAAUGACAGAGCUCACAAUGCACUAUCAGGCACCAAGUAUUCUAUUAAAGCUCAUGACAGUGUAGUUGGAGUUGAGACUCAGGAACUCAGAGAUAAAGUAUUAAAACAAGUACCUACUGAUCCUAGGAAAACUAAACAGCUGCAUUCUGUACUACAUGUAGCAGUAGGAGAAAGAACAGAGAUAUCUCUUAAUACUAGAACAGAUGAUGGUAUGRCCAAUGGUGCUGGUAAUGUUAUCAAACUAAUACAAAUACAUCACCCUGAUAAACCAUCAGGUAUAAUAUGGGUUCAGUUUGACCAUGCUGAUGUUGGUCAAAAAACCAGACAUGAUAAUAGACAGCUAUAUGUCAAUGGUAUUGAACCAACAUGGACACCAAUCAAACCUGUUACUACACAGUUUGCCAUAGGCAGAACAAGAUCUGUGCAAGUUGUAAGAAAACAAUUUCCAUUAAGACCUGCUGCUGCCAAAACUAUACAUAGAUCACAAGGUGAUACUGAAACAAAGGUUGUAGUUAAUUUUGAAACAAAACGAGCAAUUCCUCACAUACACUAUGUAGGAUUGAGUAGAGUAACAACUAUAGAUGGUCUUUAUGUCUCAGAU